UCCCCGCUUUAUAUGAAGGGAAACUGAGGCACGGGACGAUAAUUACCUUGUUCAAGGUGACACAGGCACCGCCCACAAGCGGCAGCACCAGAUCCCGGCUUAACCGCUGCGUUGAGAGCACAGGCGCUGGCGGGGCUGAGCGUCCGGCAGCUGAACCGUAAAGCGGGUUUCCGCCAGCCCCGCGCCCACGUCCGCGCGGACUUUGGCGCCGGAGCGCCCACCUCUGGCGCCGGCGGGCGGGAGCUGAACCGGAGACGCCCGGAGCGCUCGCGGCGAGCGUAACACGUGCUGUCUGGAGCUCCUGGGCCACUUCGUCCGCGCCGCCUCUGCGCCCGGACAGACGACGCGCGGUGUUUUCCGGAGUUGACUGUUCAUGGCACAUACUGUUAGAGGAUACACAUCGGCAUUUAUUUUUACGACCAUAUGGCUGUCAGUUCAAGCAAAAAUAGAUGUGUGCAAGAGAGGAGAUGUUACUGUGAAGCCUUCCCAUGUAAUUUCACUUGGAUCAGCUGUAAAUAUUUCAUGUUCUUUGAAGCCCAAACAUGGCUGCUCACGCUAUUCCAGUUUGAACAGGUUAAUCCUCUACAAGUUCAACGAAAGAAUCAGUUUUCAGCACGGCCACUCUCUCAGUUCUCAAGUCACAGGUCUUCCCCUUGGUACCACCCUAUUUGUCUGCAAACUGGCCUGUAGCAGUAGUAAUGAGAUUCGAAUUUGUGGAGCAGAGAUCUCAGUUGGUGUUGUUCCAGAACAGCCUCAAAACCUUUCAUGUAUACAAGAGGGAGAGCACGGGACUGUGGCCUGCACUUGGGACAGAGGGAGAGACACCCACCUAUAUACUACGUAUUCUUUACAGUUAAAUGGACCAAAAAAUUUAACUUGGCAGAAACAGUGUGAUAAUCAUUAUUGUGACCAUUUGGACCUUGGAAUAAGUCUAACUCCUGAAUCACCUGAAUCCAGUUACACAGCCAAGGUUACUGCCAUCAAUAGACUUGGAAGUUCUUCUUCAUUUCCAUCCACAUUUACAUUCUUGGACAUAUUGAGACCUCUUCCUCCAUGGGACAUCAGAAUCAAAUUUCUAAACAUUUCUGUGAGCAGAUGUACCCUUCAGUGGAGAGAUGAGGAACUGGUGCUGCUUAAUCGACUCAGAUAUCGGUCUAGUAACGGCAAGUCCUGGAAUAUGGUUAAUGUUACAAAUGCCAAAGGAAGACAUGAUUUGCUUGAUCUGAAACCAUUUACAGAAUAUGAAUUUCAGAUUUCCUCUAAGCUACAUCUUUAUAAAGGAAGUUGGAGUGGUUGGAGUGAAUCAUUGAGGACACAAACACCAGAAGAAGAGCCCACUGGUAUGUUAGAUGUCUGGUACCUGAAACAGCACAUUGACUACAAUAGACACAGAUUUCACUUUUCUGAAGUGGGUGUUUUGUUGCAGAAUCUGAGUGUAUCAGAGGCAAGAGGAAAGAUCCUUCACUAUCAGGUGACCCUGCAGGAGGUGACUGGGGAGAGGGCCACACUACAGAACAUCACGGGACACACCUCCUGGACCUGGGUUGUUCACAGAACUGGGAACUGGUCUGCGACUGUGUCUGCAGCCAACUCAAAAGGCAGUUCCCUGCCCACUCACAUCAACAUAACAGACCUUUGUGGGUCAGGGUUGCUGGCUCCUCGCCAGGUCUCUGCAGACUCAGCGGGCGCAGACAACAUUGUGGUGACUUGGGAGCCUCCCUGGAAAGCCGCCUCUGCUGUCCAGGAGUAUGUGGUGGAAUGGAGGGAGCUCCAUUCAGGGGGCAGCAUGCAGCCUCCUCUCAACUGGCUGCGGAGACCACUCUACAGUGUGUCUGCUCUGAUUUCAGAGAACGUAAAACCCUACACCUGUUAUGAAAUCCGUGUGUACGCGCUGUCAGGGGAUCAGGCAGGAUGCAGUUCCAUUCAGGGUAACUCUAAGCACACAGCACCACUGAGUGGCCCCCACAUUAAUGCCAUCACAGAGGAAAGGGGGAGCAUUUUAAUUUCAUGGAACAGAAUUCCAGCCCAGGAGCAAAGGGGCUGCAUCCUCCAUUACAGGAUAUACUGGAAGGAACGGGACUCGAGUUCCCAACCCUGGCUCUGUGAAAUUCCCUAUAGGGUCUCCCAAAAUUCACAUCCUAUAAACAGUCUGCAGCCCAGAGUGACAUAUGUCCUGUGGAUGACAGCUCUGACAGCUGCUGGCGAAAGCCCCAAAGGAAAUGAGAGGGAAUUUUAUCUGCAAGGUAAAGCCAAUUGGAACGCAUUUUUGGCACCAAGCAUUUGCAUUGCUAUCAUCACGGUGGGCAUUUUCUCAGUGCGUCACUUCCGGCAAAAGGCAUUAGUUCUCCUUUCGGCCCUCAGACCUCGGUGGUACAGCAGAGAAAUUCCAGACCCAGCAAAUUGCACUUGGGCCAAAAACUAUCCCAUUGUGGAGAGGACACAGCUGCCCUUGGACAGACUCCUGACAGUUUGGCCCACUCCUGAAGAACCUGAUACCCUGGUUAUCAGUGAAGUCCUUCAUCAAGUGGCCCCAGUCAUCAGGCAUCCCCAUCGCCUCAACAGGCCAAAAAAGGGACAAGGAGUCCAAAGUCACUAUACCUCUGAGAAAGACACAGGGUACGGUGCCUCAAGCCCACCACCUCCACGAGCCCUCACAGCUGAGACAGGACAACUAGUGGAUCUAUACAAAGUGCUGGGGAGCAGGGGCUCUGACUCAAAGCUUGGAAAGCCAGCCAGCCCCUCGACAGUCUUCCCAGGGGAUUACCCUCCCACCCAUGAGGGCUACUUGCCCUCCAAAAUAGAUUAUCUCCCUUCACAUGAAACUCCUAUCAGUGACCCUCUGGAAGAAUUGGAGCCUCAGCACAUCUCUCUCUCUGUUUUCCCCUCAAGCUCUCUUCACCCAUUCACCUUCCCUUGUAGUGGGAAGCUGACUCUGGAUCGGUUAAAGAUGGGAUGUGGCUCCCUCAUGCUCUGACUGGUGAGGCUUGAAGUCUGGAAAGCCAAGGUGCCCCGCAACCAGUUCAGCAAGUCCCAUCUACCCAGCCUCUCCAGAAGGGAUAAAAUCACCUACUCCUGGAUCCCUCUCUGGGUGCUACCAUCAGGUUUGGUUGCAGCUGGAGGGCAGGCAAGCUAGUUCAUGGUAGCUCAGGAACUGAGCUAGCCUUCACACAGAUACCUCCUCUUGCCUUCCCCGGAGCCUUAACAUUACAUCCUCUACUGUGGACCUAGAUUCCAAUCUGGGUUCCUAGCAAAUUUCUUGGCUAGAUUGGCAAGAAAGGGAAAGGAGAGGCAAAACCAAAACUCUUACAGUCCAGAGGACCAUUCUGCAACAAUAUUUAUAAACCUUCUCCUGCAUACCAGCCCUUAUUGCUCUAGAUCAGUACUGUCCAAUAUAACUUUGAGAUAGAAGUGUUCUACAUCUGGCCUCUCCAUAGCUACAUGGACUGGGUCUAGCGUGACUGAGGAACUGAAUUUUGAUUGAAAUUAAAUAGCCACACAUGGCUAGUGGCUACUUUAUUGAACAGCACAGCUCUAGCUGGUGGCUACAUCAGUGAGAAAUAUAAGGGAGCCUUCAAAACAAAUCGACCAGUUUUUAAGGAUGGCAUGUAAGAUAUGGGUGAACACUAUAGAAGGGUCCCCAAGAUGGUCAUGACUGUCAUUUGUGGAAGCCUAAGAAUACCUUUUUCCUAAUUUUCCUAAUUUAUUGUGGUUUUAUUUUGCCUUCACCCUCACACAACACAUCAAGAGCUUAUGGUGGAGUGUUAUUGUAAACACACUAUAGGACAAGCGUUUCCUCAAAGAAACUGCCCCUCUCUGGACUCAGAUAUCUUGGAAAGGGAUGAGCCAAAGACUCUCUGACCUCUUUUUUCUUGACUGCAGCAGUUGCUACCCACAGAACAGGGCUAUCUCAGAGUCUACAACCUUGACUCACAAAUUGUCCCCUGCUCCCAAAGCCAUUCUGUUUCCUUCCUUAUGAAGACUCUGAGCUGGUUCUCAGCUCAAUUUGAGCCUGGAAGAUAAUUCUUUUCCACGCAUGAACUUGGAACACGACCCAUGUUUCAUACCUUGAAAGCUGUGCUCUCUGGCUUGUCACUCUCUGCUCAUCUCUGUCUCUACCACUUCACUAGACACUUUUGCAAGCUGGUGGGGGAAGUCCUGGUCCAAACUGCUAAUAGCUAUUCUCUCAUUCAGAGUGCCCUCCCCAAAUAGGUUAAGUCCACAAAUAUUUUCUUAAAUCCCUGUCCAAACCUGGGGUCUUAACCCCUACCCUUCACCCUAAUUAAAUGGUUUCUACACUGUCCUUUGGAUUUUCAUUAAACAAAAAGGAUUUCUUAGAAAUUUGUACUUCUUCCCAAACCCAGCAAAUUGUGUUCAUAAUGAUUUAGUCUGGUCUUGCAUAAAAAAUGUUCUUAGCCUUUUGGUUUGUAAGAUUUCCCUCAGAAGUUGAGAGGUUGAUGAACAUUUGCUUUUCUUGUUCAUGUUGAAGCCUUUUUUCAUCCUUAUUUCCUGUCAUUCCAGCAUAUUUAGUCCUCCCAAGGUUUCUUACAUUUCUGUCCACACUACGGUUCCUUUGACUGCGGUUCCUUUGCCUUAUCUGCACCCAGGAUGCAGUGUCCCUCGUUUGACUUUGCCAUGGACCAUAACAAAACCACCUCCUCAGAAGCAGACCAACCUAUUACCUCCUGAUAUAGAACGCUGACUUGACUGCUUUCUUGCAAUACCUGUUUCACCUACCUUUGGUUUCCUUUUAAUUACUUGAUAUUCAUCUGAUAUUCUUUGUCACUCUUUCCCCUCCCCCCUUCUCCCCAACACCCAACUCCCAGUCUCUCUUUUAUCCCCUACUUUUUCCCUUCUUAAAGCCCCAGGUGAAACUGCAUUCCUCAUGUCUUCCUUAAAAAAAAGUUAAGUAUAAAAUCUUAGAAGCCUUCCUGGACUCCCUUAGGCUGAGGCAGAUUCCCCUCCUCUGCUCCCAUAGCAUGCUCUCCAUAGCACUUUCUUCCUCUCCUGGAUAGAAACUUGAAAGCAGGAGCACCAUGCAUGGUUUAUAGUAGGCUCUCAGUGAAAAGUAAAAGAUGCCACCCACCGCCUUUCAUUUUGUUCCUUCUGCUCUGGAAGUCGGUGACUGCUUCCUCUUCAUUGGGACAAUAGAGUUUGUAUUUGUUCCUCUCCAUCCCCAACCCCCAUUCCACAAUCACAGAGGUGUAGAGGUGUUUAUUUUAAAGACAAUCUGAGCUCACACUGCCAGUGUCCUCUUUCCAUGAAUGACAGAGGAUGGGUAAUCUCGUUCUGCCCUUGCACCAAGUAAUUUUCACUAUUACCCCUACUCCCACAAAGUCAAAUCCCCAAAAUCUGGUUGUCAUGUUUACCAGGACUAGGUGGGAGUUCACCACAAUUCAUAUAGCCAGGCUUUCGUCCUUAGGAAAAUUAGCAGUGAUUUUAAAUCUUCACUCCUGAUACACACCCUAAAGCCAAUCCAGAAUUCUCCACUCUACUGAAACAUCAAAUGGGACCUAAAUGACUAUAGAGUGUCCCGGAGUUCCUUCUUAAUUCAUCAGAAUCUCCACCACCCAUUACCGUGUAGAGAUAGAAAUCCUUAGCAUGAAUUGAUCCUUGAAAGAGUCCUCUUACCCAGAAACCAGAUUUCCUCAGCCUCCAUCUUCCUUAGAAGCAUUAGGAAAGUAAAACGACUAUCAUCUCGUUUGUUUUUUUUCCUUUACCUUUACCAACUUCUUCCCUCCAUCAUGACCCACUUUCUCUGCUUCCAUUAAGAGCCUACAACUAUUAGGUUGUGGCUGAAGUAACAACUCAUCAAUUCCCUGAGGCCAGUGAAUGACAUGCCAAGUUAGGUACUUUUUAUUAUAUUCAGCUCCCCAUGCAUUCCUGGUUUUUCUCCAUGGGUUCUGUCCUUUUCUUUCACCUGAUGCAGUUGUCAAGUGUCCUAAUUUGGAGGCUCAAGCCCCCCAAGGGAGUCCUGUUUUCCUUUUCCUAGCCUGGAUGUUCACAUUAUCCACCCUUGUGAAAGGAUGAUAGCUGAACCCUCAUGACUGAAGCACCUUCUGGAAUAAGAGAGCAGAACAGCUUCUCCUUCCCACUAAGACAGGCAAUUCAAUCAAUUGGCUAACUGACCAAUGGGGAAAAAGACCUUUACAUCACAGCCUACACCAGAAUAAAUUUCCAAUAGAUUAAAAACCUUGCAAAACUCAUACACAUGCAUGCAUGCACGCACACAUAAACAAUAUUUGCAACAUAUGCCCAAAAGAGCUUUCUUAAUAAACUCUUACAGAUAAAUAUGAAAAAGGCCAUCACUUCAAAGAAAAAUGGACUAUAAAUGGGCAACUCAUAAAAUACAAAUAUAUGCCCAAUAAGCAUGAAAAAACCAAUCACUUGUAAUAAAAAAUGUUAAUUAAGAUACCAUUUUUCACUUACUGGAUUAGCAAAGAUUAAAGAAAAAAAAUCAGCUUGUUUUAGUAUUAAGUGUCCCCUUUCUGGAGGGCAGUUGGCAAUAUUCAAUAAAAUCUGUAUAAGCAACUCUACUUUUAGCAGUGUAGCCCUAAGGAAAAGUAUAAACAUUCUAAAUGGAAAACAGGAUUCAUCACAGCAUUAUUCUAGGGGGAAAAAAUCUAAAAUGCCCUUCAGUAGGGACUUAGUUAAAUCAAGAUAUACCUAUACAAUGAAAGAAUGAAUUUCAAGACUUCAACAUUUUAUGUUUUGGGUAGGAAAAACAAUGCUAAUUAAACUGCAGUAUACCAUCUAUGUGUUCCAUGAUGCACUUUUUUCCCCCACAUUUUAACAUGCCUGAAAUUGGGAUGGCUCAUAGAAUUGAUGAAAAACAUAAUAGGUGAUCUUUUAAAACAUGUAUAACAAUAUUUGGCAAGGAAAACAGCCAGUUACAAGAGGCUGGAUAGGGCUCUCCCACUCUUAUAAAUCAUAAAUUUAUAAAAAAGUGGAAGUAAACCAAAAUGCUAACAAUUAUUUCUAGGCCAUAGGGCUUUUAUAAAUUCCAUUUUGCAUUAUCUAAAUCAGAAAUACUCAUUACUCUUGUAGUUGUACAAAAAAAAAAAUGAAAUAUUAAUUCCUUUUCAAAACACUGACACACAGGGGUCUAGUGACAGACACUACUGACUACUUUAGAGACAUUUCUUUGAGGUCCAUGUCUCUUGCCCUCCCCUCUCAUCUGUCAGUGUCUGGCACUUUCAUUGGUCAUGACUACUCCUUUCACAUAGUAAAAAAGGCAAAGUAGAUGUCAGAAAGUGAUAGGGUUGGGGUUAAGUUAUUAAGGUAAUAUUUCAGUUGAUGGAUCAUUAAUGAUUACAGCAGCAUCAACAGUUAAGUGCAUUAGUACAUGCAGUUUUAAAAUGCUUUAACUCAGUUGUCACAACUACCAGUUAAUGUAGAUGUUAUUUUGAUUACAAAGGAAAAUAAAAUAAAAUACAAAGCUAAGUAACUUGUCCCAAAUCACUUGUACUUGACAGCAGAUAGUAUGGCUUCAGAGUUGAUCCUUUCCAACUAGCUCUAUAAUCCCUUUCUAUGCAAAAUGACUGUUCUACAGAUAGAUUUACAUCAAUUAGGGUUCUAACUGUAGUUGAUUCUUACAAGUUAUUUUCACUAGGUAACCAAAAACUGAUAUUCCCAUACUUGUAAAAUUCUAGUUCCAUUCUUGGUCCUUUUGAAAUCAACCUAAAAGCCAAGUAAACUUUAAAACAUUACACCAGAAUAAAUACGGCACUCCUGAAUUUAUCUCCCAGCUUAAUCUACAUCCUCUAAUAUAAGGCACAGGUAGGCCAUAUAAAGGAAACACCGCUCCCAAGCAGGUCUAUUCUUUUAAAGAAACUGAUAAAUGGAGUAUUUAAAACCAAAAAACAGUAGGCCUUUUCAAUAAAAAAGCAACCAGAGCAAUGUGCUAUUUGAAUUAAAAUAGCUAUA